CAUGAUGUCGACCCAUGAAAACCAACUAGCUUCCCCGUUACUUUUAGAUGGUCCGGUGGUCUACGGCAUACCUAAAGAUGGAGCACAGUGACGAGAAUAUCAAAUUCUGGAUGGCCUGUGAAACCUAGAAAAUUGCCUCGCGACGGGGCAGGAUUUCUCAGGCCAAGAAGCUGUGUAAGCUUUACAUCCAGCCAGAGUCCCCUCGAGAGAUCAACAUUGACAGUUCGACAAGGGAAGCCAUCUUCAGGAAUAUCCGCGAACCCACGGAGACGUGCUUUGAAGAGGCCCAGAAUGUGUACAUGCACAUGGAGAGAGACUCGUACCCCAGGUUUUUAAAGUCAGAAACGUACCAGCGGCUUGUGAAGGCUGUGCAGUCCAACGCCAAUUCCUGACGACCACUCGGAAGCCUACAGGGAGGACGGCCUAUGGGAAGUGCAGCUUUCUCGUUUGAAGUUUUAAAAAAGAAAACUCACAAAAUGAAAAGCAGGGUAGGAAUAAGGUACAGGGAAUCAAACCAUAAACUGGGCUCUAGUUCCCAAAGAGAAACAGACCCCAAAGGGAUGGGCCCUGGAACUGUGGGCCCGGACAGAACACAACCCGAGGCUCGUGGACGCAGCGCUCAGCUGACGCGCAGGGGAGAGGAGGGUCUUCCCCGCCGACCCCAGUGCACAACCUGCCCCGCAGUGGGCAGCUGACGGAUGCUUCCCGCGCGUGAAAUGCAGUGCCACAAUGUGCGGGUCAGUCCUUCAGACGCUGUAGCUGUAUGCGUUGUCUCUCUGGCACGAAUGUCAUGUACAGAAUGCUCGUGAUAACGUUCACUAGCAGACAAACCCAGUACCCACAGUGCAACCUACCGUGUCAUAUCAUGAGCGGUAUCAAAAAGAUUGCUUCUUGAGAAAUGUUUUGCCUGUAAAACUUUCCUACUAUGAUGUGCAUAACUGAAUUUCUCUGUUGCAUUUAUCUUCGACCUGUGAACAAUUUCUGAUGAUUCUAAGCUAUUAAAAGUGUAUUCAUUACUUCAUUUAGUUCUAUGCUUUUAUCAGUGGAAGGGUAGAAAAUUUGGUUCCUGUACUUGGAGAUAUUUUUCCUUACAAUGUGAAUUCAUUAUGGUCCUAAUAAUCAAUAAAUCCAAAUAUACAUUCAAAGCUUAUAAAUGUGUUUUUUUAAGACACAAUGAAGUUAUCUUUCCAGUGAAAGACUGUUUUCCAUCCAUCCUGUCGCGGCGGCUGCUCAGACGUUGUUGGAGACUCCCUGGGAAAAAACUCACGUGGGUCUCAGGGAGCUCC